AUGGCGAGCUCAUUGCUUCGCCAAGCAUGGCUGCCACUGCUUCGCCGCUCAUGGAAACCUUUGGCAUUCCCGAAAGAUGGCAUACAAUGGAUUCCACGCGGGCAGAAGGUUGAAGAAGAAACAAAUCCUGAUUACAUGGCAAUACGCUACUUUCCCGUACAGAUUGGAGACACUCUCAAAGACCGCUACCAGAUCGUCGGCAAAUUAGGAUUCGGGACCACAUCGACUAUUUGGCUCGCUCGUGAUCUCGAUCAAUGCCGCCAUGUCGCGCUCAAGAUCUAUAUCCGUUCCGCAUCCCUUCAGAACAAGUCCAGCCCAGAACUGGGCGUUUAUAAAUGCAUCGAAAAGUCAUCGAGAUCGCAUCCAGGGCGGCAAGCCGUUCGCGCGCUUCUUGAUGAAUUUACCCUAGAUGGGCCUGAUGGACAACAUCAAUGUCUUGUGCACGAGGCCCUUUGGGACAGUAUGAGGGGAUUGAGAUAUCGUAAUCCUGUGGCAAAGCUGCCCACUAUUAUCGUUGCUACCAUGCUGAGGCGAGUGUUCCAGGCGCUGACACUUCUUCGUGAGGAAUGUCGUGUAGCUCAUACCGAUCUCAAGGAAGACAACAUCCUCAUCGGAGCCGAUGCGUCCAUGUUGAAGGAAUUUGAAGAUGCGGAAUUAAGGCAGCCCAGUGCAAGAAAGGAAGUCGACGGCAGAGUCGUCUAUCUAUCUCGUGAGAUGGGCAUGCCCAAGGAUGCCGGCAUACCUGUUCUGUGCGAUUUCGGCUCAUGCGUGCCGCUCGAUGACGGCAUCGAGCAUCGCGAAGACAUCCAACCUGAUAUCUAUCGUGCUCCAGAAGUCAUACUCGAUGUACCCUGGACAUACAGUGUCGACAUUUGGAACGUGGGCUGUGUGGUAUGGGAUGCUCUCCAAGGCGAGCAUUUGUUCACCGGUAUAGACCCAGAGACUGGAAAGUACCGGGGUCGUGCCCAUAUCGCUGAGAUAAUUGCCCUUCUUGGACCACCUCCAGAGGAUCUGCUCGCUCGCGCCGACUUGAGAAGAAAAUUCUUCUCAGAACACGGCGAAUUUUCUGCCGGCAUUCGUCUCCCUGCAUCAGAGCCGCUCGAGCAGCGCGAGACAUCCUUGUUAGCAGAAGGUGAUGCUGAGGAUAGAGCAUACUUCUUGCGUUUCAUGCGGAGAAUGCUUCAGUGGGAACCGGAGAAACGCAGCACGGCUCGCGAACUAGCAGAGGACGAAUGGAUCAUCAAGAACUCGACAUGA